GGGCCGGCGGGGCUCGGCCGCCGCGCAGGCCCGGCCCGGCCCGGCCCGGCCCGGGCCCGCGGGGAAGAUUACACCAGAUAUGACUAUCUGGAUGUCCUAGUAUAGCCUAAAGGAAGAACAUGAUGUCAGAAUAAAAGACAAAACAUUCGACAAGUUCAGAAAACCAUGCAGUCAUCAGGGCACAGAUUCCGUGAUGUUGAGCACCACCCGCUGCUUGCUGAAAAUGACAGCUACGAUUCCUCUUCCUCGGAGGCCGACAUGGCAGAAAGGGUUUGGUUCAUCCGAGACGGCUGUGGUAUGGUCUGUGCUGUAAUGACAUGGCUUCUGGUUGUCUAUGCAGACUUUGUAGUGACUUUUGUCAUGUUGCUGCCUUCCAAAGACUUUUGGUACUCUGUGGUCAACGGUGUUCUCUUCAACUGCUUGGCAGUGCUAGCUCUGUCAUCUCAUCUGAGAACUAUGCUGACUGAUCCAGGGGCUGUACCCAAAGGAAAUGCCACUAAAGAAUACAUGGAUAAUUUGCAACUGAAACCAGGAGAAGUGAUCUACAAAUGUCCAAAGUGCUGUAGUAUCAAACCUGAACGUGCACACCACUGUAGUAUUUGCAAGCGAUGUAUUCGAAAGAUGGAUCACCACUGCCCAUGGGUGAAUAAUUGCGUGGGUGAGAAAAAUCAGAGAUUUUUUGUUCUGUUUACGAUGUAUAUAGCCCUAAUAUCAGCUCAUGCGCUCAUACUGUGUGGGUUUCAGUUUUUCUCCUGUGUCCGAGGGCAGUGGACUGAAUGCAGUGACUUCUCCCCACCUGUAACUGUGAUCCUGAUGAUCUUCUUGUGCCUUGAGGGUUUUCUGUUUCUCACUUUCACUGCAGUCAUGUUUGGCACCCAAAUCCACUCAAUAUGCAAUGAUGAAACGGAGAUUGAAAGACUGAAGAGUGAAAAGCCAACGUGGGAGAGGAGACUACGUUGGGAAGGAAUGAAGUCUGUUUUUGGGGGCCAGCCUUCACUCCUGUGGAUCAAUCCUUUUGCAGGAUUUCGAAUCAGGCGACUUCUACUGCGAGCAAAGAAAGGAGGACCUGAGUUUUCUGUUUGAGUUUAAUUAUGCUGGAACUUGCAAGAAUACUAUAUAAUAUUUAUUUGGGGCCAGAAAGGCUAUCUACGUAUAAUCUGUGACCAGGUGAAACUGACACCAGACAUUUGCUUGUAGCAAGCAGUUUUAUACGUUUGUCACAGACAUCUCAUUAACUUUCAGAGACGCAAACUGGAUCUGUAAUGGUCUUAACAACAAGAUGACAAAGGAAAGCACGUGGUCACACUAAAGAAGCCAAAUGUCAUGCUACUGUAAUUUAUUUUGAGAUUAAUUAUGCAUUUUUGUUAAACCCUUUAUGUUUGGGGACUUACCUGUGUGUUUUUAUAAAAAUUAUGUACUUAGGUGCAGUUGUCAAUCAUAAGGAAGAGCGUUAUAGUGAAAAUUGAUCUCAAAUGAGACCCAGCCUUCUAAAUCCACUUUUCAGGGAAGAGCAGUUUGUUCAAAUUUAAUUUAUAUUUCAGCUUGUCCUAAUAAACAGAGCUGUACUCUUGUGUCCCACUUCAGACACACAUUCCUUAUAUGCAAGUGAUUCAAGGGACUUGUGCACAUGGAGCAUAGCACGUUAGAGGCACUGUUACACCGCUGCCAAAUGUCUUCCCAGGCUCACAAAAGCAUGUCUCGUGUUUGGCAGUACUAAUCUCAUGUGGCAUUUAGGUAAGUUCUAAAUGUUCAGUAAACAAUACUGUUUACUUACAAUUACGGGCCAAAUUCUGCCCUCAGAUAUGCAUCUCCAAUUCUUAGUGCAUUGAUUCUAAAGGAACUUAGGCUUAGGUGUCCAAGGAUGUUAUUUAGUCCUCUGUGCAGGAGUAAGUGGGACCAGUGACUGUAUCCUCUUGUAUGGGAUUAAAACGAAUGUACUGCAGGCUGGAGUUAAUCAGCUGAAAGAAAACUGUUUUUGUAAGAUCUUGCUUUGCAGACUUUUCAUAGAAGGAAAACUGAAUGAUCCCUUGAACAAAGACGUCAGAGGAAGGAGGGAGAUUUCUUCUAGUGCUGACAGAGCUUACCUCCUUCUCAUGUGCAACAAAUCUUAAGCAUAGAAGAAAAAUCUGCAACAGAAAGGGAAUUAUUUUUAAUUUAGCAGUUUUCCAACCAAAACUACUCUCAAAAAACAGAAGAGCAGUAUAGAUCCAGAACUGCUUUAUGUGGGCCUGACAAAUAACAGUAGUGCUAAGAUAUAUUCGUAAAUCUGCAAGUAAUGAAAUUCAGCUGGAAGUGGCUUAUUUAAACAUUACAUUUAGAAUUUUUUUUUUGUGUUUGUUCUGUAAGUUACCAACAACGUAAAGGAUAAAAAAGGAGCCUUGAUGCAUAGCUUGAAACUGUAGCCUAGGAAGUAAACAGUUCUCUGUUCUAGGACUUGCCUUAACUUGUCCAGUCUUUGCUUUUGCUUUGCCAGUAGUACUGAUGAUCUGUCCCACCUCAAGCAGUAUGACGUGCUCAAGAAUUUUAUAUUAGUAAGUUUACUUACUAUAGAAGCUGUACUUUAUUUAUUAUUAUUAUUUUUAUGACCUGCUUCUCCAUUUCUUUGCAACAGUUUGUGGCAUUUUGAUUCCAGCUUCAUCAAGUUUUAUACCAUUGGGUGGGUGAACUUACUAAAGGAUUGCAGUUUAUGACCCUGCAAACAAAAUUGUGCAAUAUUAUAUAAUACCUUCACUUUGCUUGGAGGAGAUGGUGUGUAUUACUGGAGAAUUUCUAGGUGGGCACAUCCAAUGAAAUUGCAGCCAAAUGAACAAAACUGUCUGAUGUAUAUGAGGAAAAAGCUGGAGGUUCCACAAGGAUCUUUGCAUAUUCAGUUGCACAUCUUAAAGAUUGGGAGAAAAUGUAUCUGGCUUUGUCAUGAGGCUCUUAAUAUGUAUAUUGUUUAAUAAAAUAUCCUGAUGAAAAUCAGAAAAUAUCACUUAAAAGCAAUUGAAUCCUGUGACUUAGCAAGUGUGUGCGUGUGUGAAAUCAAGUUUACUUGGCUUUUCAGACCCUUGUUAUGUUGUAAUUUUUUUUAAUGUAAAAGGAAAAAUAAAGUGAUGAAGUCUUAAA